CUUCCCUUUCCUGUCCUAUGCUUCAUUCAUGAUACAGUUCCUUCGUGGAUGGACUAUAUAAGCGUAUUAAUUUCUGUUCUUCAUUCUUCUGCACCUCACAGGAGUUCUGUCAUAAGCAUCAAGCAUAAUGUGUAAUUGCUGUCAUUUUUGAAUUGUGCCUAAAAGUGUGAAAAUAUAAUAGGAAGUGUUUUUCAGUGUUGUUAUACUUUCCUUUCUUUUAUCAAAUUUUCUUUUCUUUAAAAAAAAAAGAUGUGCCGACGUUCUAUAAUUUGGAUCAGUACAUUAUUGUUACUGUUAAUGUUAUGUGUACGUCGAGCAAUUGGUCUAUACGAAACGGCACCCCAUAUUAUUGUAAUCAUGGCUGACGAUUUGGGAUGGAACGACGUUGGUUUUCAUGGAUCAAAUCAGAUUCCAACUCCUAACAUCGAUGCUCUUGGCUAUAAUGGGAUUAUAUUAAAUAGACACUAUGUUCUACCGUCUAGUACACCUUCUAGAUCAGCUUUCUUAACUGGACUUUAUCCAAUACGUAUUGGAAUGCAAGGAGAUGGAAUUCUCGGUGGUGAACCGCGUGGUCUUCCAUUGGAUAUAAAAAUUUUACCAGAACAUUUACGAGGAUUAGGAUAUACGACAAAAUUAAUUGGAAAAUGGCAUAUGGGGUAUCAUACACCUCAGUAUACACCAUUACAUAGAGGUUUUGAUUCUUUUCUAGGUUUUUAUAACAGUCAUAUAUCUUAUUAUGAUUACAACUAUUCAAAUCAGAAUAUGAGUGGAUAUGAUUUGCAUCGCGGUGAUGAUCCAGCUCAUGGAAUUAAUCGCGAAUAUGCAACAGAUUUGUUCACCGAAGAAGCGAUAAAAAUUAUUGAAAAUCACGAAUUGCCUAGACCAUUGUACCUACAAAUAUCGCAUCUAGCAGUCCAUGCUCCUUUGGAACAACCUGUUAAUGAAUACAACGAUAGGGAAUUUACACACAUUCGUGAGCCAAAUCGUCGCAAAUAUGCCAGAAUGGUGUCGAGAUUGGACGAUUCGGUUGGACGUAUUGUCCAUGCGUUGGGCGACAAAGGAAUGUUGAGAGAUUCUCUGAUUUUAUUUCUCACUGAUAAUGGAGCUGCAUCUGUCGGUAGAUACAGAAAUUGGGGCUCAAACUAUCCCUUGAGAGGGACAAAAUAUACUUUAUACGAAGGAGGUGUGAGGAGUGUUGCUGCGUUGUGGUCACCGAGAAUACAAAAAGCAGCUCGCAUUUCUAACCAGUUAAUACACGUAACAGAUUGGUUGCCAACUCUUUACUCGGCAGCUGGAGGAGAUUUAAAGGAUUUAGGCGAAAUUGAUGGUAUUGAUCAAUGGCGUCUACUUAGCGAAGGACAUGGACGAGGCAGGGAUAAACUUUUGCUAAAUAUUGACGAAGUUCGAAAGACUGAAGGAGCGAUAUAUAGCCGAUUUAAAUUAUUACGAGGAUCUGUCGACAAUGGCUACUACGAUGGUUAUUAUGGAGACUCUGGAAUAACGAUAGAGACACCGCCAUAUACAGAUAUUGUAUUAAAAAGUUCUGUCUCUCAAAGUAUUACUUACCAUUUGGGUGGCCCAGUGACUCAACCAAGUACAAUGAUGCAAUUACGACGAGAAGCAACAGUUCAGUGUCGUCCGAAUAUGACAUAUUAUCAUAGACAUAUAUUUACUACUUGUAAUGUCACGGAAUGUUUAUUCGAUAUUGUAAACGACCCAUGUGAAAUGAAAAACGUUGCCGAUGCAUAUCCUAGAAUUGCGAGAGACUUAGAUCUUUACCUGGAACAUUAUGGUCACAUUUUGAUACGACAAAUUAAACUUCCCGUUGAUUGGUUAGCUGAUCCAAGGAGGAGAAAUAAUACGUGGGAACCAUGGAUUCAUUCAGGAGCUGCAAUAUUUGUUCCUAACACCGCAGCCAUAGUUGGCAAUUUAGUGUACUGUGUUCACAUUUUAAUAGUUUUUACUUCAACCUUACUGAGCAUCUUCACUUGACCGUAUAAUGCUUAUUAGAGUUAUUGCAAAUAUAAUUGUUAAUUGACUAAUUUGACAAAAUUUCUUUAUGUAACAAAUAUUUCAAGUAUUUCGAAAAUUUUAGAUAAUAUUUAUAGGACAAGCAUUAUUAAAUAUUUUAGUAAUUUAAAGCAAAUUUCUACUAUGGAAAUUUGAAAUGCUAUGCAAAACAUUCUACAUUGUUGUUUUUAUUUCAUUUAAUUACUUUUUAUAUUUUCGUAUCUAAUGUAGAGAAGCAUUUGAGGUAUCUAUCAAAAUCUUUUAUCUCUUAAUUUAAGCUUUAGUUCCCGUUUACAGUAAGGAUACUUUAUUAAAUAACACAAAUUAGUUCCAGUUUUGUUUGUCUCAGUAAAUGCAAAAGUAUUGCUGGUCAUACUUUGAUUUAACUGAUGAGCGCACAAUGUAAUUAACGAAACAUUAGUGGAAAUAAAUGAAUUUAUACUUA